CGGCCGUGCGUGUAAACUACUUUUGGGGAGAGCUCAGAAAUGUUUGCAGAGGCAACAUAGGAACGAGAAGCAAAUUUACUCGCUGUUAACUUGGAUGUAUGUUGGCUCUUGAAUGACCUUUGUGUAAUUUACGGGUAAGAAUCAUAUCAACUGUGGUUACGUUUGAGCAGAAGUAAGGUGGCCUUUGAGCGGCCGGAGUGACUCGUCUCUGCGCAGGAGUGCAGCGAAUGGUUUAUUUUUUUGCUCUCACUAAGAGCUUUUUUUUCUCACUCCGACUCUCCAUCGCUCAUCCCAUCUGUUCCAGGACGCCUGCCAAGGUUGCUUCAUAACAAGACAUUCAUCUGUUGUCUACGCCGCUUUGAAUGACACUUUGAAGGCUUUUAGAGCUGUUUUGUCGUCAAAGAGGGGUUGACGCUGUUUCUUUACAAGAAAACACAUUUUUUAAACCUUUUGCCAUUUUUUUUCUUAGCCAACCACUAUGGUUCACUUGUGGUUACAUACAAGUCCUACUUAAAUUUGAGUUGCUCCAGUUGAGCUAUAUGACCUCCUACAGUAGUAUGAGUUAUGACAGCUCCACAUCACUGCCCAGCAGCAGCGGUCGGGGGCGAGCAGUAGGGGCCUGCAACAAGGACCAGGAAGCAGAGUCACUAGAGGUAAACAAGCAGAAAACCUCAUGCGGACGCUCCCUUUCCAAUGUCACCAGCCAGGAGCAGGGAUGCGCCUCCAGAGGAGGGUCUGGGAGCCUCUCUGGAGACCAGAGGGGGCUGCAUUCGGACGACAUGGAUGGGGUUUCCAGUGGAAAUGACUCAGGGGAGAGGGAAAGCGAGGGCAGGAGGGUGAGGGACGGAGGUGCCUCAUGUGGACACCAGUCGGCGCCCAGCUCCCAUAGUCACAGCUCCUCCAACGGCAAGGACUCUGGGAUGAUGCUGGAAACCACAGAUAGCAACAAAAGCUCCAACUUCCAUAGUCUCUCACCCCCCAACGGCUCUCUGGCCUACAGCUUGCUGUCGACCAGCUCGGAGCAUGACCCCCCCUCCACCUCUGGUUGGAGCAGCGACCAGUCAGCCAGGCUGCAGACACAGAAGGACCUAAUGAAGGCCAUCAAGGAGCUGAAGCUCCGCCUGCCAGCUGAGCGCAAAGCCAAGGGCCACUCCAGCACCCUCGGUGCUCUCAAAUACGCGCUCCAGUGUGUCAGACAGGUCCGAGCUAACAAAGAGUACUACCACCAGUGGAGUGUUGAAGAGUGUCACGGCUGCAGUCUGGACUUGUCGACCUUCACCAUAGAGGAGCUCGACAACAUCACCUCAGAAUACACCCUGAAAAACACUGACACUUUCUCUAUGGCCGUGUCAUUCCUGUCAGGAAAGGUCGUAUACGUGUCCCCCCAGUGUUCGUCCCUGCUGCGCUGCAAGCCCGAGUGUCUCCAGGGAAUAAUGUUUUCGGAGCUCCUUGCUCCGCAAGACGUCAGCACCUUCUACAGCAGCACGGCCCCCAGCCGCCUGCCGGCCUGGGCCUCCUGCAUUGGCUCAGCUUCUCCUCCCGUCGACUGCACUCAGGAGAAGUCCAUGUUCUGUCGGAUCAGCGCCAAUCGGGCACAGGGGGGUGAGAUGCGUUACCACCCAUUCCGCCUGACGCCCUACCAGCUUACCCUCAGAGACUCAGACGCUGCAGAGCCACAGCCCUGCUGCCUGCUCAUCGCUGAGAAGGUCCACUCCGGAUACGAAGCUCCCCGUAUCCCUCCGGACAAGAGGAUCUUCACCACCAGUCACACCCCCAGCUGCCUCUUCCAGGAGGUCGAUGAGAGGGCGGUGCCGCUUUUGGGCUACCUACCUCAGGAUUUGGUGGGAACCCCCAUCCUGCUCUACAUCCACCCAGAGGACAGGCCAACGAUGGUGGCCAUUCAUGAAAAAAUCUUUCAGUUUGCAGGACAGCCGUUCGACUACUCGCCACUGCGGAUGUGUGCCCGCAGCGGAGAAUACGUGACCAUCGACACUAGCUGGUCCUCUUUCGUCAACCCCUGGAGCAGGAAGGUGGCGUUUGUUGUUGGACGUCACAAAGUCAGAACGAGCCCGUUGAACGAGGACGUGUUCAACGCGGCGAUGGGCUGCGAGAGUCGAGUCGUCACGCCUGACGUUGUCCAACUGAGCGAGCAGAUCCAUCGGGUUCUGGUUCAGCCGGUUCACAGCGGCAGCUCUCAGGGCUACAGCUCUCUGGGGUCCAGCGGCUCCCGCCACUCCCACCAACAGCACCCCAGUGCCUCGGCUGACUCGUCCAGCGACAGCAACGGCCCCGCAAUGGACGAGGUCGCCAUCGCAGCUUCGCACAAACCUAUGACCUUCCAGCAAAUUUGCAAGGAUGUCCACACGGUCAAGACCAACGGGCAGCAGGUUUUUAUCGAGUCCCGCAACCGUCCACUGCCUAGAAAAAACACCAGCACAGGUGCAGCAGGGGUAAGAACCACAAAUAGCGAUCCAAUCAGAGGUUUGAUAGCAGAGAUGACUCAACCUCCUAGGUCCUUGGUCCCUGCAGCUCUUCUGCAGAAGGAGCCGUCGCCAUGUUACUCCUACCAGCAAAUCAACUGUCUGGACAGCAUCAUCAGGUACUUGGAGAGCUGUAACAUCCCCAACACCGUGAAAAGGAAGUGCUGCUCCUCCUCCUGCACCGCCUCAUCCACGUCCGACGACGACAAACAGCCAGACGCCAGCGGUAACAAAGGUGGUUCAGUUAACCUCGUAGGUGAACCACCUCCUCUGCCUCCCCUGACCAUGGCUGCGAAGGCAGAGAGUGUAGCCUCAGUUACGUCUCAGUGUAGCUUCAGCAGCACCAUCGUCCAUGUAGGAGACAAGAAACCUCCCGAGUCAGACAUCGUAAUGGAAGAGGCUCCCACAACUCCAACCCUGGUCACUCCCCCUCCAACUACCCCCCUGAAACCACCCUUCCUUCCACCACUUCCCCCUCCGGCAAGUCAGCCGGAGAGAGACAGCUGGAGAAGCGGAAGCAUGGGAGCUUCCGGCCGGCUGGGUCUGACCAAGGAGCUGCUAUCCGCCCACACCCAGCAGGAGGAGCAGGCGUUCCUCGAUCGCUUCAGCGAUCUGAGUAAGCUGCGGGUCCUCGAUCAGACAGCAUCUUUGACCGUGCGCGGCCACACCCCUGCUGCUCUGUCGCGAGGAGUUCGCUGCUCUCGUGAUUACCCAGCAGCUGCAGGCAGCACCCGUCACCGUCGGGGCCGCGGCGGUAAGCGAAUCAAGCACCAGGAGUCGUCAGACCAACUCAGUUCUUUUCCUGUGAAUCGUCAGGACCCUAGAGCAAAUGUGGCCCACGUUCCCCUAAACAUGCCCCUCGGAGCACCCACAAACUCCCCUUCAUGGCCCUCUGUGGGCUCCCAGGCCAGCAUUUCUGCCACUCCCUUCCCCCCUGGUAUGCUUCCGAUCUACCCUGUCUAUUCUCAGUUCACCCAGCCUUUACCCACUCAUGAUCCGACACGUUUCCCCCCCACCCAGCUGGUACCUCCUAUGAUCGCUUUUGUUCUGCCCAACUACAUGUUCCCCCAGAUGGGGGUGCCCAUAUCUCAGCCUGGCGCUGUCCCAGGACAAUUCUACAACCCCAACUACAGUUUCCCAGGGGUGCCCCCUGCCUCUCUCCCCUCUGUUUUCAAUUCUGUGCCCAUGGCGGGCACCUGUCCCCCAUCCCGCAGCAGCACCCCGCAGUCCUUCACUCAGCUACCCGCUGACUGCGAGGGGGCAGAAUCUCCCCUCUUCCAGUCCAGAUGUUCCUCCCCUCUCAACCUGCUGCAGCUGGAGGAGUCAUCAAGCAACCGGCUAGAGGUUGCCACGGCAAUGGGGGCAUCACAGCAACCCCUGCCCUCUGUGCAGGGUGCAACAGCUGGGGGUCAAAACUCAGCCAAUCAAAGAAGCUCUGACGAUCCCUCCAAGGAGAACGAGAACGUUGAAGCUGUUGAGUCCAACCAGGACGCUAUGUCCACCUCCAGUGAUCUGCUGGACCUACUGCUGCAGGAAGACUCUCGCUCGGGCACUGGCUCAGCUGCCUCCGGUUCUGGGUUCUCGGGCACGCGGUCCUCAGGAUCCGGCUCCAACGGCUGCAGCUACUCAGGAACCAGCGGCACCAGCGGCAGCCACACCAGCAAGUACUUUGGCAGCAUCGACUCCUCGGAGAACGACCACUCCCGUAAGCAACCAGCAGGAGGCAGCAGCAGCGCCGGAGGAGACGGCAGGGAGGAUCAGUUCAUCAAGUGUGUGCUGCAGGACCCCAUCUGGCUGCUGAUGGCCAACACUGACGACAAGGUCAUGAUGACAUACCAGCUGCCUGUCAGAAACAUGGAGACAGUGCUGCAGGAGGACCGUGAAGCUUUGAGGAGUCUGCAGAAACACCAGCCACGCUUCACGGAUGAGCAGAAAAAGGAGCUGAGUCAGGUCCAUCCCUGGAUUCACACGGGACGCCUGCCCCGAACAAUCAACAUCUCUGGCUGCACCGGGUGCAAGUGUCCCCCCUCGGUACCUCCAGUCACCCCGUUCGAUGUGGAGAUCCACGAGAUGGAGCUGUGUACCGUGCUGAAAACUCAGGAGGAGUGCAGCAGCAAAGACUCAAAGACUCUCACAGAGACUGCCAUGUACGACGUCCAGGCAGAAGACGAAGAUGAGGAGGAAGACGCGCAAAGGAAAGACACCAAAACACAAGAAACUACAGAAGACAUGAGGCAAGAGAAUGAGGGACUGGCAGCAGAAACUGUGGAAGACGAACCAGAAACUUAAACUAAAAAAAAACACUGGAGUUUUCUCUUAAAGUUUCUGCUCAUCUGCAGAAAAAAGCACGCACAUUCCAGGACAUUUGGAGCUCUGUGUUGCACGCUCUUCUGGGACAUUGAGGUGCCUGACUGCGAUCACAGAACAUCAGGCAUGUUAUAUACGACUACAGGAGAAAUGCCUUGAAAACCACCAGAUAUUCCCACUCAAUUUUAGAGAGUGACUUUUAGUUCUUUCUUCCCUUUUGUUCUCUUUUGUUCCUGUGGGCAUAUUUAUUUAAGCUGUAAAUUUCUCAGAGAAAUGAGUGUGUUAAAAAUAAAGACAGAUACGCCUCAUUACAGAGUUCACGCCUGAGAAGGUUUCCUCUGUGACUUUUCUUCACAUUAAUGUUCAUACAAACUUUGUUGUUUUUUUUUACUUUGAGUAUAUUUUUGUACUUUAAGCCCCUACAGAUACAGAAGAUAAAAUCCCCAAAAAGGAAUUUGUAAAAAAAUUUGUAAAAAAAAAAAAAAAUGUUUUAGUCCAGCACCUUUAUUUAGUCUAACCCCUCGUGUGGCACGGUGGCAAUCACCAGAAAACUGACUGGUACUUUAACUGACUCUUCAGCUCAAGGUUUCAUGUGGAUGAUGAUGCUGAUCUGACAGACAGUAUUACUCCAGAUGGUCAUCACUUUUCAGCUUAUGUGGUAUUAGUGCUUGCUCGUGGCUUUAAGUGGGUUUUUCAAAGAGAUCAAUGCUUUUCUUUCAUCUUCUGACAGUUUUCUCCGCUCACUUCUCUCUUUCUCUCUGUGGCACUGUUCUGGUCAUGUGAUAUCCUACUUCAUGACGUCAGUGGCAUCUGCAGCAGUUUCUUAACUAUUUUGUGAAGUUCUUUGUACAAAAUGAAGACAAUAAAAUCACUUCAAAUGUCCUAAA